AAAAGGCAAGACCCUUCAAGUAGGGUGUUUGGUGUUUGUUCGUUGUCUUAUCGAUCUUUAAAAGAAACAUCAUUAUUUAUAUCAUUAAUUGGAACAUUUUACCAUGGUGUUCCUUACAAUUGCUAACUGGAUACGUUCCCGAGGGCCAGAUGAGAUUUGGAGAAAAAGAAGGAUGUUUAGGCUUGCUGCACACUAUAUAGGACGCCGUAGAAACUGUUACUCUAUCACUGUACGCAAUGUUCACAGAGCAUUAGUUUACGCAACUAAAGCAAGGAAGUUGAAGAAGCAAGAUAUGAUUGACCUAUGGAGUACUAGAAUCACAGCGGCUUGUGAACAACACAACAUUACACCUUGUACAUUAAAGGAGGGCUUGGACCGUGCUAAUAUUAUGUUAGAUCGUAAAUCACUGUCUGAUCUUGCUUGUUGGGAGCCACGGACAUUUGAAUGUUUAGCUGCUGUAGCCAAACAGAAGUUAGAGUAUGAUGGAGCCAUUGACUAUACUGAUAAGAAAUACCCUACAGGUGUGAAUCUAAAACUGCAAGAUGUUAUGCUUGAAGCUUGGCUGAAGGAAAAAAAACAAUAACUUAAUUCAACAUUUUAUUACCUAUCAUCUAGUUAUUUUAGUUUCACAUUAGUUCUGUAAAUAAUAAAAAAUACUUUAUACAAAUGUUUUUGAUUAACUAGUUUCCUAAUUCUUUCUUCAGUUUCUUUGUUAAUUCAUUUUGUUUUUCUAAUAUGUAAAGGUUUUCUAUUUUACGUCUCUGCUGUCUCUCAACAUCCUUUACUACUCCUUCAUGCAUUCUUUCCCUGAAAUGUGAAUUA